CCUCCCAACUCCGUUCAUUCUCAUCCUACUCCCCGGCUGGAAAAAUGGCUGCUUCAGCGGCGGCGCAGGGCUCAAACCCCGGUCUCUGCCCCAGUUUCGCAGUGGUCUGCUCGUUCCUGGAGCGCUACGGACAAGCCCUGGACCUCCCCGAACUCACCUUUCCGCAGAUGGAGAGGUAUCUCCGGGACACAUCGACAGUUCCCAAGCCACUGGUGGAGCUGCAUGUCAAGCUGCUGAGGAAGCUUGGCAAGUCUGUGUCUGCAGACAAGUGGGAGAGGUACCUGGCUAAGGUAUGCCAGGACAUCAACAGUAGCUGGGCCUGGGAGCUGGAACACAAGGGAUACCAGGAGAUGAGCAUGGAGUGCAAAACCAGCAUCCUCAAAUACCUGUGUGAGAUCCAGUUUGAUGACAACCUGAAGUUCAAGAUGUUGGUGAACGAGGAGGAGGCAGAGGCGAUGAGGCUGCAGCCGUUGGGCAGAGACAGACAGGGCCUGAUGUACUGGCUGCAGACUGACGCCCAGCACAACAUCCGCCUGUACACAGAGGAACAGGACGACUGGGACGGAUCCACCUGGAGAUGUAUCGUCAGAACCCGGAAUGACUUAGCCGAUGCUUUGGACCUCCUGAAGACCCAGCUGGACUCAGAACACAAGGAGAAAGAGGAGGGAGAGACAGAGAAAGAGAUGGACAGAGAGAAGAAGAGAGGGUCCAACUGUGCCAAACCUGUGGAGAGGGGGAGAAGAGACGAGGAGGGCGAGGCUAGAGGAGAGGUAAAGGAGGAGGAAGAGGAGGAGGCAAGACAGAAGAGGAAGGCUGAGGAAGACAAGAAGAAGAGUAAAGAGAGCGAGAAGGAGGAGGAAGAGGAGGCUAAGCGAGAGAAGAGUAGAUCCUCUCCCUAUCCAGAAUCCACAAGUACGGACGACAACAUGGUGUCUUUAGCAGAGAAGGAAAACCCAACCAAGCUUGAACCGGUAGUCUCAGUGAAGGAGGAAAACAUUGCAGUUGAGAUUAAGGAAGAAAGGGAGAAGAAAAAACGAGGUGAGAAAGAAGAGGGAGAGAAACAGAGCUGGAGGAAGGAGGAGAGGUCAGAAGUGAUUGACAACAGAGUGAGCACCAUCACCGCGCUCGUCAAAGAGGAGCCCCAAACGCUUAGCAACUCCCCUAGCAAUGCUGUCUCCGUCGUCAUGGCGCCCGUCUUGGCAACAAUGAAACAGGAAGUUCCUCCUGUGAAGGAGGAAGCGGAGCGGGCCCUGAGGACCGACCAGCAGGCCAAGAUGCCACUGAAGAAGAGAGAGCUCUUUGGCGCCAACCGUCACCAUAUCAACACACAUCACAACAACAAUGACAUGCACAGUAACCAACACAACAACAACAGCCAUAGCAGCAGUACUAGCAGUAGCAUCAUCGUCCGUAACCCUUCAGUAACACAUACCAGGGAGGAGCAGCUGGGGAGGCAGUCAGCUCCACCUGGGGGCCUGGCUGUCCCACUGCCAGAGGAGCUGACCAAUGGGGGGGCUCCCCUAAAUGGGCUUGGAGGGCUCAUAGGGGGUAUAGGUCAUGUGGGGGUCAUCUGCAGGCCGGUCUCGCAGCAACAAGAUGGCGGAUCGGUCUGUACGGAGAGAAUCAGACCAGGGUCAGAAGAGGGGGAGGAGAGGGCCAGAGCUCCAGACAAGGAGAGGAGCAGGCAGUCAGUCCUGGAGAGGUUAGGAGAGGAUGGAAGAGAGAAAGCGAGGGAGAAGUUAGAUGGAGACCAGUCUGGAGAGAGGGAUGACAACCCGAAAGAGAAAAAGACCAACCUCCAUGUGGAGAAAAGCGAGGGAUGCCAUGGAACAGAGGAAGAGGGGAAGAAGAAGAGUGCCUCAGGAGAGAAGGAGCAGGAGUCAGAGAGCAGCCAGACUGUAGAAGGACAGAAGGUUCAGGAGGACCAGGGAGAGGCCCUCAGCACAGACACACUAACCCAUGCCGGGGUGAGGGGAGCUGGGCAUGGAGCAGCAGACCGGCUGGGUCCCCUGGAGGCCUCCUCUGAGCUGCAGAAAGAAGGGAUCAGGCUGAAGAUAAAGAUCCCUCCCAACCAGAGGAGAGAGAAUGUGAGAGAGGAGAAGGGGGAGGAGCAGGGAGAUGGGAGGUCUCUGCGGAGAUCGGCUCGUAUCUGCAGACCCAGCCCAAACAAGGUGGAGAGCCAAGACGCACCACCAGUAGUGAGGGAGGAAGAAGAGGAGGAGAAGACUGCUCAAUGGCAAAAGAAGAGAGCAAACCCUGAGGGACAAAGCAGGACUGUAAAGAGCAGACGAAGACAACGAGGCACCCGCUGGUCAAACACUCGAGCGAAGAAAUGCAAACCGAAUGAGGGAGGAGAGGAGGGGGAGGAGAGAGGGAGGGAGGAGGAGAGAGGGAGAGAGGGAAGUGGUUGUGACUCAGAUGACUCUGGCCAAUCAGAGGAGACGCCUAAUGAAGAUCCCUGCAGCCACUGUGGACUCCCCAACCACCCUGAACUGAUCCUGCUGUGUGAUUCAUGCGAUAGUGGUUACCACACCGCCUGUCUCAGACCCCCUCUCAUGGUCAUACCUGAGGGAGAAUGGUUCUGCCCGCCCUGCCAACACAAGCUGCUGUGUGAGAGACUAGAGGAGCAGCUGCAGAAUCUGGAUUGCGCUCUGAAGAAAAGAGACCGAGCUGAGAGGAGGAGGGAGCGUCUGGUGUAUGUGGGAAUCAGUGUGGAGAACAUCAUUCCUCAGGAAGGGGAGGAAGAGGAGGAGAAACAGGCAAAGAAGAAAGAUGCAAAAAAGACCAAAAACCUGGGAAGGAGAUCUACCAGAACCAGGAAGUGUAUCAGCUACAGGUUUGAUGACUUUGAUGACGCCAUUGAUGAAGCCAUCGAGGAAGACGUCAGAGAUGCGGAUGGAGGAGGAGUGGGGCGGGGUAAGGACAUGGCCACCAUCCUAUCAGAGGAGGGGAAAGAGAAACAAGGACCAACCACAGCUCUGGCCCCUCCCACCAGGAGCAGGAAGAGGCGGAGACUCAACGACCUGGAGAGCGACAGCACGGCUGCAGAGAGCGAGGAGGAGUUUCAGCUCAGUGCCAGUACGGAGGAGGAGGAGUUUGUAGCGUCAGGUGAUGAGGAAGCAGCCAGUGAUGUGGACAGCUUUGUCAGCGACCCGGGCUUUGUAAGCCAGUCCACACGGGCACAGAGACAGGCACCUAAACAGAGAACCACCAGGACCUCCAGGACCGCAGCAAAGUGCAAGAAACGCCCACGCAGACGGAGGAGAGGAUGGGGGAAGGAGGAGGAGGAGAGUGAAGAGGAAGAGGAGAUGGAGACCAGUGAUUUCAGUGACAGCGAUGGGGACAGGAAGAGGUGUGGUUUAAGGCGGGGCCGGAAGAGGGAGGUGAACUACUGCGAGACGUCGGAAUCUGAGGGUUCCCAGGCAACCACCAAUAAGGACAAGGCCAAACCCUGCCGCCGUCGUCUCUCCAGCUCAAACAGCGAUGAAUCCUCCCAUUCCAGAGAGUCUGAGGAGGAAGAGAAGAGAAGGAGGGGAAAGAGGCGGAGAGAAGAGGUGGAGGAGAGUAGAACAAGGGGAAAGAAGAGGGGAGGAGAGAAGAUGGGCAGAGGGAAGCAGAGGGAGGUGUUGAUAGAACAGCGGAGGAAACGUCUAGCUCUGCUGAAGAAAUGCAGAUCCUCCACUAAAGAUGAUGAGGAUGAUAAUGAUGAAGGGGAAUCGGAGUCGUCAUCCGAGGAAGAUCGACCUAUCCGCAAACGACUUAACCGCAUCGACUCUGAUGAAGAGGAGGAGAAAGAGGGAAAAAAUAAGGAGGAGGAUGAGGAGGAAGAAGAGGAGGAGGAGGAGGAGGAGAAGCUGAGAAAGCCGUCGUCAAAAGACAAGGAAUCAAACAGCCCUAACGGACAGCAGGCCUCUAGAGGCUCAAUGAAGCCUGGGGCUGAGAGCGCAGCCUUACCCAGGGACAGAGCAGCCAGAGCUGGGCAGAACGGGUCUAACAGCCCCCCACCUCCUGACCAGUCAGACGCAUGAUGACAUACAGACUGUUACUUUUAGUUUUUUACUUUCUUGCCUUUCACCAACUACCUUUCUCAUUACCUCAUCAUCCCUCCUUCCCCUCCUCCUCCCUUCCUCUAAACAGGAUGAAUAACUACUGGACCAAACGCACUAGCACCAUCCAGCACACAGACACACAAUACACAGCCAGAGAGUGAAGGACUGUCCUGACCUCCACCAGACAGACACCCGCCUUAGCUUUUCUGGACUGUACAUAGAUACUCUCUCUGCUCGGCUGCUGAUCCUGUAAAAUACUAGAUGUUCCCCUCUCUCUUCUGUCUCCCUGUAAAAUAGUGUUCUAUAUUCCAUGAAGGAGAGAGCACGAAUGGACUGGAGCGCUUAAUUAUCCCAAAAAAUAGAGAGUUGGAUGUUUUAAACCAAUGGAAGAGCUGCUCCUUUUGUUCUGCUGUGAACCAGGAAGAUGACUACCAGAAAGAGAUUCAUACAGGUUGAUUAAUCUCAAAUGGCACUUUGCAGAUUUGACCACAGUUACAACUACAGUUCUGGAUACAGUUGUAGUUAUAGCUACAGUACACUGGGGGCUGGCAGAUGGACACUUGCAAACGGUCUAACUAGCUAUGUUCAGUAAAUCAAUUCACUGUUGGUUUUUAUGUGUUAGUUGAAGUGUUCCUCCUCUCACUCAGUGAGGACUGAAUCAUUUCUCCACCGUAGUCUACUACUCUUCAGUCCAGUCUAUACAUUCUACAUCCUACUACUAUUUGAGAAGAUGGGGUCAUAUUCAUUAGUCAGAAAAAGGACUGAAACAGGGAGGGACUACCUGAACUUGCUAAAUGUUUUGCUGCUGUGUGCCCUAAUGAAUAUGGCCCCAGGUGUGAAUGCUGUAUCUGGCCCUCAGUCCACUGUCUGUUUUUUAUCAUCAGAGUUCCAUCUGAACCGCUUGUAGAUUCUAUCAUUCGAGCUCACUGUUCUUUGUUGGUUUCUCCCCACAAAAAUAACAAAUAUUUUGAAAUGUUCAGUCUGAAAAAACAAACAAGAAAUCACCCUGUUAUUCAUCCACAGUGUAUGUACAGUAUGUUUAUAGUUGGUGCUGUAACAUAGGUGUUUUAUAAGUUAUUAAAAACCAAUAUUCAAGCAUCUCACAAUG